AUGGCCGACGAAUCUCAUGGAAGGGCUUGGCCUUUGGCUGAUGCUGACCUUACCAACUCUAUUCUCGAGCUCGUCCAACAGGCCGGUCAGUACAAGCAGUUGAAGAAGGGUGCUAACGAAGCCACCAAGACUCUUAAUCGUGGUAUUGCUGAAUUCAUCAUCUUGACCGCGGAUACCGAGCCUCUUGAGAUUCUCCUCCAUCUUCCUCUUCUUUGCGAAGAGAAGAACGUACCCUACAUCUUCUUGCCUUCCAAGGCUGCCCUCGGCCGCGCCUGCAACGUUUCCAGGCCAGUCAUUUCUGCCAGUGUGACCACUGGAGAAUCCAAGGAGUUGUCCUCGCAAAUUAUCGCUAUCAAGAACGCUAUCGAGAAGUUGAUGUACUAG